CUGCGCCAGGCAACAGUGUGCGCGAUUGCAGCUGCAGAGAGACAAUAACGCCUUCGGCAGGGGCAGACUGAUCCUUAUUUGCCAUGGACCAGCAACACGAUUCAUUCAACAGCCACUCUAACCACUGCAACUCAGCCAAUGCAAUGGCGAACUCCCUCGCUGACAUGACCAUCAACGACCGUCACCAUGGAGAGCAGUUUGAGAAUGGCAUCAGUCCAAUGAAAGAGGUGUCCCAGGAUGUUUCGGUGACACUGAUAGAAGAUAAGCUUAUAUCAGAGACUGAGGUCUCAAAAGUAGAGAGCAAUCCUGCUGAGGAACAGGUUGAUGAAGAGCCAGCUUUAGCUCAUGAGUUUCCUCAGGAUGAGACCACCUCCCUUGAGGAGGAGGAGCAACAUGAGGGGUUGGUGGAUUCUGCAGAAGCACACGGAGAAGCUCAGCCAGCAGCUGCUCCCGCUGAUUCAAACGGGCAGAGUGCAGGAGGCCCCACAGCUCAAACGAAGACCGACAACGAUACUGAGAAACGGGCUCCUGGAAGCAGGCCUUAUGCUGCUGGAACGAAGAUCCCAGCAAUGACCCCUCCUCAGUCAGUGAAAGUGGACCCAAAGAAAAAUGGAAAAGAGUCUCCUAAGACACCUGAGGCUAGUGGCCAAAGUAGUCCUGGCACCCCUAAGUCACCAGCCAGCAAGUCCCUAGGUGGUAAAACUCCAGCAGGAAAGGAGGUGAAGAAGGUGGCAGUCAUCCGCUCCACCCCAAAAUCACCUGGCUCCAUGAAGAACCGCUCUCCGGCCCCUUUGGCUGCUGCUGCGCCCCUGCCUGACCUGAAGAGUGUGCGCUCAAAAGUCGGCUCCACUGACAACCUCAAAUACCAGCCUGGAGGAGGCCGGGUCCAAAUUCUUGAUCAGAAGCUGGACUUUAGUAAUGUUCAGUCUAAGUGUGGCUCCAAAGGCAAUAUCAAACAUGUACCCGGAGGUGGCCAAGUCCAGAUUCUUGAUAAGAAGGUGGACUUCAGCAGUGUCCAAGCUCGAUGUGGUUCUAAAGACAACAUUAGGCACACUCCUGGAGGCGGCAAGAUCCAAAUUCUUGAUCAGAAGCUGGAUUUUUCUAGUGUUCAGUCUAGGUGUGGCUCCAAAGACAAUAUGAAACAUGUACCUGGAGGGGGCAAUGUUCAGAUUCUAGAUCAGAAGCUGGACUUAAGUAAUGUGCAGGCUAGGUGCGGCUCCAAAGACAAUAUCAAACACACACCCGGAGGUGGCAACAUCCAGAUUGUUCACAAAAAGAUAGACUUGAGCAACGUGCAGGCGAAAUGUGGUUCAAAAGACAACAUCCACCACAAGCCAGGGGGUGGAAACAUUGAGAUCAGAUCUGAGAAACUGGAAUUCAAGGCACAGUCGAAGAUCCGCUCUCUAGACAACAUUGGCCAUGUGGCUGGAGGUGGUCAGAGGAAGAUUGAGACACAUAAGCUGAUGUUCCGCGAGCAGGCGAAGGCCCGAACUGACCAUGGCGCUGAGAUCAUCUCUCUGGAAGAGUCUCCCCGGCAGCUCAGCACUGUUUCCUCCUCUGGCAGCAUCAACAUGGCUGACCCACCUCAGCUCUCCACCCUUGCAGACGAGGUGAGCGCCUCGUUGGCCAUGCAGGGCUUGUGAUCUCUCCCCACGUCCUCCUUCCUCAGUCCUAAACCCACCUGUUACAGUCACUUACGGACAUACGGAAGUCUUCAUCUCCCCAUCCUGUGGCUGACGAGGAUCCCUUAUCGAGGAGCCCUCAUUAUCACUGUUAAAGUUUUGAAACAAGAUUUGUAUUAGGCCUUACCAUGUCCUGAGCAUCAUGCCUGUGACUGCUAAAAGUCUCUCUUUAGCUGUACCUCUUACCUUCAAAGAUCUCAUUUUGCUUUGUUACGAUUUCUAAAUCUUUUGAUUUUCGAUUGGUCCCAGUCUCACAAAAUAGGAGAAAUAUUGUAUUUUUCACUUCUUAUGUUCUUGCUCACUUUCUCCUAUGAAGUAGGAAUUGUAUGAGGGUAGUUCAAGUCAAAGCAGGACUUUUGAUUGUGCAGAAUAACAGUAAAAACUACCUUUAUUUCUCUCGGUGCUUGGAUUUCAUUAAGGUAUAAAGUUUUCUCAGUACCUGAGGCAUGAGCAGACUGCCUGCUUUCUGUCUGAAAUGCUAGCCUCCCAGGAACUCCUUUACCGUGUGGAAAAUGGCUUGGAGUGAGGUCAGGAUAUGGCAAUAACCUGCAGCAAAGUCCCUGUAAGUGCAAGUGGUGUUGGUGAAUGAUUGUGUGCACAGUUCCCACAGACAGAUGUGUCACAUCUGCAAGUUGGCUGCAUGUCAUUCGUCAAUGUUCAAGAAUCAGGAGUUCCACUCCCUGAAUGUUCUCUGAUUGUAGUGAUUAUAGUGGGCUCCGAGGCACCACGGCCGGGAUCGUUGUUCCUGGACAUUUCACCAUUCAGUGAGUCUCAUCAUCGUACUCUGCUUAAAACAAAAAAUCAGUUUUACUCCUUUAUUCACAUGCAAUUUCAUCACAAGUCCCGAUUUGACUUGAACGCCCCCUGUAUAUGGAGGGUCUCGCAAAAACAGGCUUCAAAAUAGGUAUUUGCAAAGCAAGUAUUAGUAAGAAACAGGGUAUUACAGUGGUAGGAAAGUGUUUUGCUUCAAGAAAAAGUCAAGGCUUUUAAUAUCUCUCCAAAUUUCCAUCUAACAUUAGGUUGCAGUUCAUCAUGCAAGGGGGAUUGUAUUCAAAAUACCUAAACAGGAUUUAUGAGAUAUUUCUGAAAAUGGAGUUGCAAGCUUGAUGUAAAUGAGACGCUGUUUUGUCAGGCACUUUUCUUGCAGUAUUAUUCUGUGCAUAUGAGAUGUAUUUGAUAUGAAAACAAGUGUUUGAACCUGCUGGCAGUCUUAAGGUUUUUUUUUUUUUGGUUUUGUGCUGCAUUGUAGAUGCCUCUCCUAUUUAACUUUUUCGCUCAUUGCAGCAGUGUAGCGCUGGUGAUAAUAAAUCACUUGCAUUUAUAUUCUAACAUUAAGCAUUUUCACCUUCACCCAGUGUCGGGAAUAGAGGUUAUUAGUAUUAAACAUUUUGUACACAAAUAUGUACCUGAUUUGACAUUUAAAAAAAAAGUUCCGAACCAUUUUUAUCAUUACUGUAAUGACGGGGCUGCUGUUGGUUAUUUAGAAAUGUGUGCUUUGGUGAUAAUUCAGUUGUAGGGAUGAUUAUGAGUUGAAAUGCUUCAUGAAAUUGGAGUACAUGCAAAGAGUAUAUGUUUAACCCGAAAGUGUUCCGUACCCGUUUUUUGUGCUUUGUUCACGUCCAGACUCCUGUACUGUGAAAAGGUGGUCAUAGAACUAUCAGCAAAAAAAAAAAAAAACCCGAAAACAUAUUUCCAAACUGAUCUGUCGUCACAUUUUUACACAUUCACUGUCAACGGUGUUCUUGUAUUGUCCUUCAAACCCCAGUUGAAUCGCAUGGAAGGCACAUUGUGUGUACACUCCCAUUUGGAACAAAUCUAAAAACUCUAAAAAAAAAAAAAGUUUUUCACGGCACACGGCGAUUUGAUUUCUGCAAAAUCAAGCUUUCAACCAAUGACACUGCUAAAUUUUUCUUUUUUCGUAGUUUAGACUGAUUUGUCACAGCACGUCCAUCAAGCUUCCAAAUGUCUAUCUAUGCUCCUUGCAUGCCUUUGCAUCACCUCCAGGUUUUUUUUUUUGUUGUUGUUUUUUUUUUGAACAACAUUCUUUUUACUGUAUAUUCUGUAAUCUGGAUUGUGCUUUUUUUUCGGCGCUGUUAUAGAAAUAGAAGGGAAUAUAUUAUUCAGAAGACGACCCCCCACUUUCUUUGUGAUGGAGGAGGAGCUGUAUAGAUAGCUUAGUUAUCCAAUGUAUGUGUAUUAACAUUUAUGAUUCAUCUAUUUGCCAAGGAAUAUGAGUGCUGAAAAACAAAAAAUGAAAAAAGCAAAAAAAAAAAAAGCAGAGCAGUUCAGCGGUUGUUGCUUGCACCACGAUUAUCUGCAUGCUACGUUAUCUGGUCUUUUAUGGGUUUUUUUGUUUGUUUUAUAUGGAUCGGCAGUGUGUUUUUGAACGUUCCUGGAUGGGGUUUGUAUACUGUAUGUGGUAUGUGGGCUACUGGACGUUUUGCCUUGGGUGAACGAAGUUGUGUUCCAUGUACAAGAGUGGGUCGAGGGAAGGUACCGCGAUCCACAAGUGGCCGCCGCUUUUGAGGGUAAGGUCUUGUUCCGGACCUGGUGGGUUUGCCAUGCUGCUUUCAUUGACACCAUUCACCUAAUUCUGCGCUUGUACAUUUUAGCUUGAGAAAUGUGAUUGUCAAUAUUGUUCUUGUGUGUUUUAAUAAUAACUGAUUCUUGUUAAUGUACAUGUGAAUUUGGAAAUAAAGGCUAUAAAGAAUAA